GUCACCACCAACCUUUGUGCCCGACACUGGACUUAAGAACUUCUUCGAACUAGCAAGCGCGUAUUUGACCGCUAUAACCAUGUCGACAUGGGCGCCCGAUCAAGGGGGUCUUCAGACGAUCCUUCAAACCAUCAGUGACUCCAUGGACACCCACAACGCAGCCAUUCAACGAGCUAUCACUCAAAAAUUGAGCGAAUUUACGCGCGUAGCUGACUACAUCGCAUAUCUCGCGUAUAUCCUGGCCCAUAUGCCCGCACAGCAUGAGCGUAUCCGCACAAUAGCCGGCUACUUGCUCAAGAACAACGCGAAGCUCAUCUUACAAUCAUCACCCGAGGUCGCUGCAUUUGUUAAGACUUCCAUCCUCCAGGCGUUCAACGACCCCUCUGUCCUCGUUCGCAACGCUGCUGGACAGGAUAUCGUCGCGUUCCUCGGAACUUUAGAACCGAAGAACUGGCCGGAGUGUCUGCAGCACCUGUUCGCCACGUUAGACUCGGCUGAUGCAGAUCAGCAAGAGGCCGCAUUCAAUGCGUUGGAGAAGGCGUGCGAAGACUAUCCCCGCAAGAUGGACAUCGACAUCAACGGCCAGCGCCCACUCGAUUUCAUGAUCCCCAAGUUCAUGCAACUCUCCGAACACCCCUCGGCUAAAAUGCGCUCCCACGCCAUCGCGUGUUUGGCAUACUUCGUCCCAAUCCAAUCCCAGAGCCUUUGGGCGCACCUCGACGCCUUCAUUGCAUGCCUCUUCAAGCGUGCGUCGGACGACGACCCGGGUGUGCGGAGGCACGUUUGUCAAGCCCUCGUGCUCCUCCUGGCCUCCCGCCCCGAAAAACUUAUGCCGGAGAUGCACAAUGUGGCUGAAUACAUGCUAUACUCGACGAAGGACCAGAACGAGAACGUUGCGCUUGAGGCUUGCGAGUUUUGGCUCACGUUCGCUGAGGACUCUGAGCUCGCUCCGUACCUGGCGCCGCUUCUCCCGAAGGUCGGGCCUGUCCUGCUGGACUGCAUGGUUUACGGCGAGGAUGACCUCCUGUGGCUUGAGGCAGACGUCGAAGACGAUUCGGCGGUGCCGGACAAAGAGUCCGACAUCAGGCCAAGACACUACGGUGGCAAAUCUCAUGGCUUCGAGCAUGAAGCAGUCAAUGGUGGUGAGGGCACACAGGCCAAGAAGGGAGCCUACGGCGAAGAGCAACUGGAUGAAGAAGAAGAUGAUGACUACGAUGACGAUGACGACUUUGCGGAUGAGAUGUCUACGGAGUGGAAUCUCCGCAAGUGUGCGGCGGCGGCGUUGGACGUGCUUGCCGUACGAUUUGGACAGGAUUUACUCAAUGUUUUGCUCGAGCCGCUGAAAGCGAAGUUAUGGAGCCAGGAUUGGUUACAACGGGAGAGCGCCAUCCUUGCGCUUGGAGCCAUGGCAGAGGGCUGCAUCGAGGUGAUCGAGCCUCACCUGCCGACGUUGAUCCCGUACUUGCUGAGCACGCUCAACGAUCCCAAACCCCUCGUUCGAUCAAUAUCCUGCUGGACGCUCGGGAGGUACGCCAGCUGGUGUGCACAAGGAGGCUCAGAGGAACAUAAGAAUCAAUUCUUCAUUCCUACUAUGGAAGGACUUUUACGCAUGGUCCUGGACAACAACAAGCGCGUCCAAGAAGCGGGCUGUAGUGCGUUCGCCACUCUCGAGGAGGACGCAGGCCAAGAGCUAGCUCCGUACCUCGAGCCCGUGCUGCGAAACCUGGUGUUUGCCUUCGAGAAAUACCAACACAAGAACAUGUUGAUACUAUACGAUGCCGUUGGCACGCUUGCGGACGCUGUAGGACGUGCCAUGGCGAACCCUACAUACGUAGACAUCUUGAUGCCCCCGCUUACGAAGAGGUGGGCUAAACUCAAGGAUGAUGAUGAAGAUUUGGUACCACUCCUAGAGUGUCUCGCGUCGGUGACCAUUGCCAUGGGACCGGCUUUCCUCCCGUACUGCGGCCCGGUCUUUGAACGCUGCCAGAACAUCAUCCACCACUCCCUUCUCCAAUAUCAGCAGUAUCAACAGAACUCCGACCUGGAUGAACCGGACCGGCAAUUCCUAGUAGUCGCCCUUGAUCUUCUUUCGGGUCUCACUCAAGGGUUGGGCAUGGCACUCGAACCGUUCCUCGCCCAAAGCCAACUAUUCAACCUGUUGACGGUCUGCCUGAAACAUCCUCAAGCGCCGGUCCGUCAAUCAGCGUACGCGCUCGUCGGUGAUAUGGCAAUGGGAUGCUUCCCCUUGCUACGACCGCAUAUGCCGGGCAUCAUGAGCGAACUCAUCGAGCAACUGGACCCCGAGCCUAAGGUUGAGUUCAUCAGCGCAUGCAACAAUGCGGCGUGGUCCGUGGGUGAGGUCGCCCUCCGAUAUGGUCGAGAUGACCCUGAGUUUAGGCAAUGGGUGAACCCGCUCAUCUCGCGAUUGGUCCCAAUCCUGUUGCAUCCCAAGGCCCCUCGUAGCCUCCACGAGAACGCAGCCGUCUCAAUCGGUCGCAUCGGCCUCGUGCACCCGACCAUCGUCGCCCCGUACCUCAAUGAAUUUGCUCAGCAAUGGUGCCAGGCUUUGUACGAGAUCCGUGACAACGAGGAGAAAGACUCCGCAUUCCGCGGCUUCUGCACGCUUGUGCAGACGAACCCCAGCGGCAUCGCCAAGAGCAUUCUCUGGUUCUGCAACGCUAUUGUGCGAUGGAACACACCGUCGCCGGAGCUGCAAAACAUGUUCCAGCAACUGCUCUCGGGCUUCAAACAAGCUGAUCCCGCGGGGUGGCAGGCACAGGUGGCAACCUUCCCUCCGGUCAUCCAAGAAAGGCUUGUGGCCCGUUACAACGUCUGAACGCGUUUCAGCUCGCUUUCGAGGUUAACAUCUUGACAUACUUUUCCGCUUUCGGUUCUAUGUAAUAUAACAGACUCCUGCCUCUGCUUGCUUGUGUGUCCGUCCCCGGCUCGUGUUCUCUCGUUGCAUCUGGAAUCAACUUUCGUAGCAGUAGUACUUCAUCGCAACAACUUCAUGUAUCUACGUUGAACCCGUCCGGCUCACCGCAUUGCAUACCCGCCAUAUAGUGCAGUCGAUCAUCAUGCACAUCACCCAUUUUCGUAGCAGUAGUCAACCCAUUCAGUAGUAGUAGUAGUAGUAGUAGCAUCGCACAUCCGUAGGUAGUUAGUAGUUAGUAUUAGUAGGUAGUCAUUUCAGUAGAUAGUAAUCAAACGCAAGCGGUGGAGAGCCCCGAAUUCA